AUGGCUAAUUUCGAAAAGUCCCCAGGAUGUCACGAUGUAUCCGUCGAAAUACAAAGUGCUAAGGCAUCUGCACAUCAUUUGCUCAAUAAAACCCUAACUUUCAAAGUUUGGGUGAAGCGUUCCAACUCCAUUAAUAAGGUUCUUACAAGCGAUGAAUCCGUUAUCUAUCAGAAAUCAGAAAGAAAUGGAUCCAGCGGUCAUUUAUAUGAUUUGGAUAUUGAAGCCAAUGAUGGUGAUAUAGAGCAACACGCCGAACAUGAGCUAAUACUUACCGUUUACAGGCGUCUAUUCCUUCUCUCCUUUGCUUUCAAUUUGACUGCACUCAUUUUGGCUGUAACCGGCCAAUUUCCAUACGCUGAGAAAGAAGCUGCUCUCUUUUCAGUUGGGAAUAUUCUAGCAUUGGUGUUGUGGCGCAAUGAAGCCUUUCUGAGAUGUGUGUUCUGGUUGGCGGUGAAGGUGUUGGGAAGGUCAUGGGUUCCACUCCCUCUCAAGACCGCCACAACAUCGUUCCUUCAGUCCGUAGGAGGAAUCCACAGCGGCUGCGGCAUUUCCUCUAUCAUGUGGUUGAGUUAUUCCCUCGUGCAAAACCUGAACCAUCCUGAGACCACCUCCCCGGAGAUGAGAGGCCUGGCAUCGCUCAUUCUGGGACUCCUUCUGAUAAGCUCCGUCGCAGCAUUCCCUCUCGUCCGACUGGUCUCCGAAAGGUUCCACCGUUUCACCGGCUUGUGUGCUCUCGCUUUGCUUUGGGUUUUCGUCAUACUCUCUGCAGCUUACAUUCCUGCCGAGAAAUCCUACCGGCUACGUGGCUCAGCUCUUGCCAAGAAGCAGGAUUUCUGGUUUACUUUAUUCAUUACAUUUCUCAUAAUCCUGCUGUGGCUGACUGUGAGGAGAGUGCCGGUGCAAGUAUCCGGUGACCCCAGUUUAAUAAAUGAGCAUAUGAUGUUCGCGGGUGCGGUCGGAGAUAUAAACAAAAGCUUGGUAUCUGAUCCGGCAAAAUAUCUGUAUACUUCUUGUGCUCAAUUCACAGGGCUGCCAUAUCUGAUAAACAUGUACAACAAAGUGGUAGUGGUGGCCAAAGGCUCGGGCAUCUGUGUGUUUUUGUCGUUCAUGCUGGAGCCUUGUCCAACUGAGGUUUAUGUCAUUUGGGUGGCCACAGCGAUAGAGAAAAACUUUGGAGACGAUAUUGUGAAAAAGAUUAAAAGCUACCCUUCUGAAAAGAUGAUAAUUCACGACACGGCUUUUUCUGGUCGUCCAAACGUGCCGCAGAUGACAGUAGAGGCAGUGAGAAAAUGGGGAGCAGAAGUGGCAAUAGUGAAUAGUAAUCUGAGCGAAAGCAGAGACGUGGUCAAUGGAUGUAAAGCCGCGAGAAUUCCAGCUUUUGGUACAAUCUGGGAUUCUUGA